AAAAACAACAGCAGCGCCAACAAGAACAUUGACUUUCCUCUGAGUAGUGCUGCCACCAAGUUGCAAAUCUUUGUUGCGCUUGUUGCAUUAGCACCCGGACCGUUUUGGUAUCUUGCUUGGAUCUGCCUAGAAAGAGUCGUGGGUACAAGAGGUUGGGUCAAAGGCGAAUCAAUCAAUAUCUUCCCUGCUACCAUACCACAAGUUGUGAGCAGAGAGCAUAAAAAGAAAUCGAGCGACAGCCAAUAGUACACACCAUCUGUUGCAUCUACAGUGAUCAGAACUCCAUUAUCAGAACAAGAACAACAUGCUGUGCUGUUCGGCUCCCUUUGCGGCGCUCAUGCGCCGCAAUGUCUUGUACCGACAGCGAAACUUUGUCGCCACUAUUUUGGACUUGGCGUUGCCAAUUGGUUUUGCCGCCAUUUUGCUGGGCAUCAAGGCUGCCUUUGAUUCGGGGAGUAGUUCCUUGGAACGAGAACUCAUUCCCGCCGUGGUUCGCACCGAUAGCGAUACCAUGAGGAUUCUGUCCUUUAGCGACUAUGUGACGGCCAUUUUGGCCCAGCGAGUGUGUGUGCUAACCACAGUUGAAGAAAGAGACGGCUCGAUGAGUGAACCAGUAUUCACCAUUACGGGAAUGCCAGUGGAUGGAUAUGAAUGGCAGGUGCCCUUUGUCUGGUGUGAUCCUCGACAGUGUACCACGGAGGGUGAAGACGCCUAUGACUUUUGUGAAUAUCCCAUUCUGGCAGUGGCUCCUUUGACGGCGAAUGAUGCCGGUGGCCAAAACCGUUCUCUAGAAUUCCAAAAGUAUGUCAAUGAGCGAUUCCCCCAGUUGAUGGAGCCCGAACUGACGCAUUUUGUUGGAGGCGACGACUACAAGUUUGUGAGAAUGUUUGACAGUGACGCUGCCAUCAACGAGUAUGUGGCAAGUUCGACAUAUGGCAACACGGGGUCGGAAAAGAUUGGAUUGGCCGUGGUCUUUGAAGGAAACGACACUGAAAAUUACAAAUACUCGAUCCGUGCCAACUCGACCAACUUUAACUCUCCCGUGGGAGCUUCAGAGCCUGGGGCCAAGACAUCACCCGACACCAAAACCAACUUUGCUACCUAUGCCAAUGAAGAUACCGUGUGCGACAUUCCGGGACAGGGGAACCCUGAUCAGGGCUACUUUCAAUUAAGUUGUACGGGUCUCUACAUCUACAAUGGUUUCCUCACGACCCAGAGAUUGGUGCAGGAUUGGAUCAUGGUGGACACGGACUCCAAGGACGCAGGCUUUUUCGUUUCAGAACAUGGAGUCAAUUAUGUUCCCUUCCCCAGCCGUGCUUACGAAGAAGAUGGAGCCUAUGCUGAUCUUGCUGGGUUCAUGCCAUUGCUGAUGACACUCGGCAUCCUAUAUUCGUGUUCCUCAAUGGUUUCUUACGUGGUCCAGGAAAAGGAACUACGCCAGAAAGAGCUCCUCAAAAUGAUGGGAGUCACAGACCUGGAAAUUGGCUGGUCGUGGUUCUUGUCAUUCUGGAUGUUUCAUAUCAUUACAGCCACCUUUGUGACAUUGAUCUCGGCGUCGUUGUUUCCUGCAUCAGACUUUCUUCUCCUCUUUAUCUUUUGGCAAUUCUGUUUCUUGGGCUUUGUUGUCAUGAGUAUGAUGUGCAGUACCUUCACUGCCAAGACCACACGAGGUGUCCUGAUUGCCUUGUUGGUUGUGUUUGCGGGCUUUUUCUUCACGCUGGCCGCAGAUGUGGAGACCGGAAGCACAGGCACAAUUUCGUUGCUGUCUCUUCACCCCGUGACCGCCAUGUCCUAUGCUCUCUUGGAAGUGGGAAGACUGGAAAACAUUGGAGUCGGGCUAACCACGGACUCCAUGGCCACAACCGAUGCACCCUCAGGAUACACAUUCGUUUCGGCAUAUGGCAACUUGGUGUUCUCUUGCAUUUUUAUGGGUAUCUUCACUUGGUAUUUCAAUCGCACCAUUGCUCCUGACUAUGGACAGGCACUUCCGUUCUAUUUCCCCUUUACAACGUCAUACUGGUUCCCUAGCAGCGUGAAACACGCCGAAGUCAAAGACAACGACGGAGACGGCGUAGAUGAUAACACACCGAUCGAACCAGUGUCUGAUUCGCUCAAACAACAGACCAGAGAUGGACAGAGUAUAGAGAUCAAGAGCUUGAAGAAGGACUUUGGCGAGAAAUUGGCGGUCGACGGUCUCAAUCUUUCCAUGUACAAUGGGCACAUCACUGCGCUGUUGGGGCACAAUGGAGCGGGGAAGACCACGACAAUAGGAAUGCUUACUGGUGCAUUGUCACCCACGAGUGGAACUGCCACUAUUGCUGGCAAGGACAUCAGGACCGAAAUGUCUCAGAUUCGAGAUGACAUCGGCAUUUGCCUCCAACAUGACUGCCUCUUUCCAAAGUUGACAGUCCGAGAGCAUGUUCAAUUCUUCUCCAGGGUCAAGGGGAUCUACGGGAAGAUGUCUCAUCAGGAAGCCGAGGCCAGUGUUGAUCAAGCCAUCCGCGAUGUAGCCCUGGAAGAGAAGAGCAACACGUUCUCCGCAAAUCUCAGUGGUGGGAUGAAACGCAAACUCAGUGUUGCAAUGGCUUUCUGUGGCGGAUCGAAAGUGGUGUUUCUGGAUGAACCGACAAGUGGUAUGGAUCCAUUCUCGAGGAGGUUUUCUUGGAACGUUAUCAGGCAGUACAGGAGCGACAGAUGUAUUAUUUUGACUACACAUUUCAUGGACGAGGCUGAUAUUCUCGGCGACCGCAUCGCUAUCAUGUCAGAAGGACGACUUCGCUGCUGUGGAAGCUCCUUGUUCCUGAAAAAGACCUACGGGGUUGGCUAUCAGCUCACAAUCGAGAAACGAUCAAAGUUCAAAAGCGAAACCACUCCUACGCAUCAGCUUCCUUUGGCACAACCGCCAAUUGUGGAACCGAUGGUGAUUACUGAAGACGAUGAAUUCGACCGUGAAAUUGACGUGGAUGAUAUGGACGUCUUCAAGAAGAACGAAUCAAUUGACGUGGGCGAUAUGGGUGAUGUUAAGAAGAACGAAUCAAUUGAUGUUGACGAAGUGGAUGGAAAACCUAUUGCUGUUGCGACGAUUGCUGCGGCCGCCGUGCAAGCGGUUCCUGUAACGGAAGAAGCUAUCAAGGAUAUUGUCGUUGGUGCUGUAGAGGACGCAGCGUUGCUCAGCAAUGUCGGCACAGAAUUGAGUUUCCAGCUGCCUUUGGGAGCAUCUGAGAAUUUCGUGCCCAUGUUGGAACAGCUUGAUAGGCUCGUACAGAACGGCAGCAUCAGCACUUACGGAGUCAGCAUCACCACACUGGACGAGGUGUUCCAGAUCGUUGCAAGGGGGGAAGAAACAGACAAGCACGACUUCAAGAGCUCGCACUUUAGCAGCAAGGACAUUGGGGCUGCUGGAGAUGAAGAUGAGAAGAGUGUUCGUUCGAGAAUGGACCUUGAAAACGACGGGUUGUUUGGAACUCACGUGCAAGCACUCAUGAGGAAAAGGGCGGCCAAUUUCAAGAGAGACAAGAAAGCAUGGUGCUGUACCACUAUUCUCCCCAGUAUGUUUGUCCUGAUCGGGCUGCUCGUCUUGAAGUUCGCUGUCCCAGGACGAAACAUGGAGCCAUUGCUUUUGGAUCUGAAUGAUUACAACAAAGAUAGCAGUGCCGACCCGAGAAAUCCAAUACCCUUCAACGCUCCCGACUCGUUUUUCACUUGCAAUCCAGGCAAUUGUACAACCCGUUCCAGCACUGUUUAUGAGUCAGAUGUUACGGGAGAAUCAUACUCUUUCUGCGGCGGCGAAACACUCGCCAACGAAUCCUGUUCCAUCAGCGAUUCAGAGGAGGUUGUUUCACAUAUCGACCAGGCUGGUGCGGAGGGUGUUGGCGGAGAUGUCGAAUCCAUAUGGGAGGCUUCGAAUUUCACGCUGACUCAAGGUAUUUCAGUUCAGGGCGCAUCGCAGUACGGGGGUAUCUUCAUGAAUCAUGACCCAAGCAGCAUCACGCAAUCUAAUGAAUCUUACGGUGCCACCCUGUCCCAAAAUUGUUCCAACAACCUUGGCGACUACGUUGAGGAAUCGGAAUGCGACAACUAUGGAACUGGAAUUGGUUACACUGUCGCCUACAAUUUCACUGCUUUGCAUGCCGCGCCCCUUUUUCAAGCCCUUGCAGACGAAGGCAUCAUACGGAAAGCCCUUGGACGAACCACAUUCAAGAUUACAACGACGAUUGCCCCUUUGCCCAUUACCGAGCUCGAAAACACGUUCGAGGAAUCUGCAAAUGCAACGAACUUGUGGUUCCUUAUUGUUCUGAGCUUCCCUUUCAUUCUUGGAGCCUUUGCGACUUUCGUAGUGGCGGAAAGAGAGUCCAAAGCGAAACAUCUUCAGAUCGUCGCUGGUGUCACGCCAGCGUCGUACUGGCUUGCCACCCUACUAUGGGACUGGAUCAAUUAUCUCAUUCCAUUUGGCGUCACAAUUGUCCUGCUAUUCGCUUUCGACGUAUCUUCUCUUACGACGAGCGAAGGAAACAUGUUUGCUGGAGUCUUUUUACUUCUCUUGCUCUUUGGCACAGCUGGUGCAGCUUUCUCCUAUUGCGUUUCCUUCAUGUUCAAGAGCCCGAGCCUGUGCAACAUUGCGUUGAUCGUGUCGGGCUUUCUCAUCGCUAUGGGGGCAAGCAUGACCUGUUUCAUUCUGCGAUUGAUUGGACAGCAACCCUACGAUUAUAGGUCUUCGCUGGUGACGGCAGCGCAAGUUGUGGAGUGGAUUUUCAGGUUCUUCCCGCCAUUCUGUCUUGGAAAGGGCCUCCUUUUUGGCAUCUACAGGCAAAGCUUCGAGCUGAUCAACGGAAAGCGGCAUUCAGCCUUUGACCCUGAGAUCAUGCUGAUCGAGAUCAUCUUCCUCGCGGUUGAAAGCGUUGUUUAUCUCAUUGCUGCCAUUUACAUCGACAUUCUUUCGUCCAACCCGGAGUUUAUGGGAUGGGUUCAGCAAACCCUCUGCUGCCGAAGAUCCUCCGAACGCAGCGCCGUGGCGGCCAUCCCGGAUGAUGACGAUGUGAUUGCCGAGCAGCAGCGCGUUCUGGGUGGUCAAGCGAACGAAGAUGCCAUUGUAAUGAGCGAAUUGACGAAGAUUUAUCCGAAUGGAAAAAUUGCUGUCAACCAGCUGUCUUUGGGCAUUGCGCCAGGGGAAUGUUUUGGUUUGUUAGGAAUCAAUGGCGCCGGGAAGACGACUACCAUGGGAAUGCUGACGGCAGAGUUUCCACCGACUCAAGGUGAUGCUACCCUUGCAGGCUUCAGUCUUCGACAGGAACCAGAGAAAACAAGGCGCAGGAUCGGCUACUGCCCCCAAUUUGAUGCACACUUUGCCAAUUUGACUGGUCGCGAACAUGUGGAGUUAUAUGCUAGUAUCAAGGGAAUUCCGAGUGACUCCGUUAGAAUCGCUGCGGCUGAAAAACUGAAGCAAGUUGGGUUGAGCGAGACGGACAGUGACCGCUUGAGUUCCAACUACUCGGGAGGAAUGAAAAGGCGGCUUUCACUGGCUUGCGCAACGAUCGGAAGUCCUCAAUUGGUAUUUCUCGACGAGUGUUCCACUGGGGUCGACCCGGUCGCGAGGCGCGAAAUUUGGCAGCUUGUGUCGGACUUGGUCUCUGCUGAGGUGCCUGAAGGUGGACAGAAGACCAGCGUUAUCUUGACCACACAUAGCAUGGACGAGUGUGAGGCUUUGUGCCCCCGCAUUGGAAUCAUGGCAAACGGAAAGCUUCGGUGCCUUGGUUCUGCCCAGCACUUGAAAACAAAGUUUGGAAAGGGAUACCAGUUGGAGUUGAAGGUGGCCACAACAAGCAAAGAUGACGAGGACUUUCGAGUGCAUCUUGUGACUUUGGCUCGUUCAAAGGGGGCAGCCGUUGACCAAGAGCAGGCCAGCGCGGACGAUGAAGUGUUCUUCAACUUGCAAGAGGCCGAAACGGCUUUGCAGCAGGUGACAGGUGAUGACUACCUGUCGAGCAUGCUAAACGAAGCCAACCCAAACGGCUAUGGUGUCUUCAAGGACUGCUCUUCCGCCACUGGAGUCCAUUUGAGCGAUCUCACUUCGUUUGUAACCAAUGAAAUUAGAAUGCGCGAUCUCCACUCGUUCAUUGUGGGGGCGUACCCUUCUGCCAUUCUUCGUGAGAGGCAAGACAUGAAGGCUCGAUUCGAGGUCACCUCGGAGGGCAUUAGCAUUGCCAAAAUCUUUCAAAGCAUCGAAGAGAACAAGGAGCAAGUGAAGCUUUCUGACUACGGUGUCAGCCAAACUAGUUUGGAGCAAGUCUUCAACAUGCACGCCGCCGAGGCGGAAAGGCUUAAGCAAGGAAGGAUGGAUGGAUAAUUUGAUGGUCUCUCGUGUUCUCCUGAAGAGCGAACCAAGUGAUCGUUUUCGAUCAUGUAUGUAGCAUAGCUUGCAUAAGAAGUGUGCUUGUGAUUUGCAUGUUGUCUAGUUUUAAGUUUAAAAGUAUAAAUCCCCGAAGCCACAUCUUGUGUUCAGACCAGGAAUAUGCUACUUACCGGCACCCACUGUCGCAGCCAGACAAGGAACCAAGGAGUUGUGAAAGCAUUCAAGUUGGUUAGGAUUGCCUUGUAGGGAUCAUUUACAUCAUCUGCCAUUCUCUUUUGCCACCAACAGGCAGCCCUAAUUUUGUAGCAAUGAUGCCAUGACAAAUACUGAAUACACUCGGGUCUUGACCUUCGCAGGCCUCACUGACUUCGUUCUUUAACAGCAUCUGUCUCCUUGUCCACAAGCAAAGCAAUCCAUGACAGCUUGGAUUGUCGGAGUAGGGCAGUCGGUUGGUUCGCGGACAUUGAACGUUGACCACAGAUGCCACGACCAGCCACACCGGCCAAACAGCGCCCGAUGUUGGCCUCUCCCUCCAGUCUUACGCCCACCCAACCACGCUCCUUGCUUGCCCUCCUUGUGUCCAGCGCCCUGUGCCUGGUCUGCCCUCCAACCAUCCAAAAAUCACCCUCCUUCUCCCGUUCCACUCAUUGGCCUUGUUUCCUUUGUACAUGUCUUGGCUCCAGGAAUUCACCAGGUCCCUACGGCUUCCAUCCACCCCAAAGCCAUCAUUCUCCA